AUGGCUCGAUCAAAGAGAGGAGUUAGGUUCCCCAACCGCAACGGCUCCGACGGACGACGAUCCAGCUUCAGCAGUGAGGAUGGAUCUCCCACCAAGGCCAAGUUCCAGAACCAGGCUCAGCUGGAGACAGUGAACGAGCAAAAGCCUCCCACUCCCGAAGAGAAGAAGACCGAGUAUGAAAAGAAGAAGGCCAACUUCAUGACGCGCACCUUCUGGACCUUUGUCAUGUUCGCCAUGUUCUUUACGGCUCUCUUCAUGGGGCACAUCUACAUCAUCUGCAUCAUCACGGCCGUCCAGAUCAUUUCCUUCAAGGAGGUCAUCGCCAUCGCCAACGUCCCCAGUCGCGCCCGCUCUCUGCGCUCCACUAAGAGUCUCAACUGGUACUGGCUUGCGACGACAAUGUACUUUCUCUACGGCGAGACUGUCAUUUACUACUUCAAGCACAUUGUCCUCGUCGACAAGGUGUUGCUGCCUCUGGCGACUCACCACCGCUUCAUCAGCUUCAUUCUCUAUGUCUUUGGUUUCGUCUUCUUUGUUGCUUCCCUUCAGGCAGGCCACUACAAGUUCCAGUUCACCAACUUUGCUUGGACACACAUGGCUCUCUACCUGAUUGUGGUCCAAGCCCACUUCAUCAUGAACAAUGUGUUUGAGGGCAUGAUUUGGUUCUUCUUGCCCGCUGCUCUGGUCAUCACCAACGACAUCUUUGCUUACAUCUGCGGUAUCAUGUUUGGUCGCACCCAGCUCAUCAAGCUGUCUCCCAAGAAGACGGUCGAGGGUUUUGUCGGUGCCUGGAUCAUGACCAUCCUCUUUGGUAUGAUCCUUGUUAACAUCAUGAUGCGAUCCAAGUACUUUAUCUGCCCUGUUAACGACCUCGGCGCCAAUGUCUUUACCGGCCUUCAGUGCGAUCCUAAUCCCGUCUUCCUUCUCAAGACAUACGAGCUCCCUCAGUUCUUCUUCCUUCCUGACAACACUCAUUUCUCGGUCACACUUGCUCCCAUGCAGCUCCACGCCCUCAACCUCGCUACUUUUGCUUCGCUAAUUGCUCCCUUUGGCGGUUUCUUCGCAUCUGGUCUCAAGCGCACCUUCAAGAUCAAGGACUUUGGCGACUCCAUUCCCGGUCACGGUGGUAUCACUGAUCGCAUGGACUGCCAGUUCAUCAUGGGUUUCUUCGCCUACAUGUACUACCACACUUUCAUCGCCAUCCACAAGGUCAACCUUGGCACUGUUCUCGAGACUGCUAUUACCAGCCUGUCUCCUGAUGAGCAGGUUGAGCUUGUGAAGAGCAUGGGUCACUAUCUACGGAAUCAAGGCGUGCUACUCGAGGAGGUCGCCGAUUGUCUCGACAAGAUCAUCCCUGUGAAGCGAUGA